GACUCAUUCAACUUGUUGGUUUGUUUGGGGGCUGUCUGUGAUUUUUCUUUAUUCUAAAACAUUCCUUUGACCUCUUACGUCACUUUCAGCCGAGUUCAAUGAUUUUUGAACCCGACAUCUUGCUUGCAUUUGUAGUUUGAAAUUUGAGUGAGAAAGAUCUCUUGUCCAAAUUGUUAUACUUUGCAUUAACGUUCAACUUAAAACUUAAUCAUGUUUCACAGACAGACUUACUUAACCCAUGCGUUCGAUCAGUCUUGUGGACUUGGUGGAACAAAUUCGAUGUAUUCCCCGGAUAUUUUACAGACACCGGAUAUGGAUGCUUCGCCGAUUAGUGCUGACAGCAUGCAUAUUUCCGAUCUGCUUGGACUUCGUACUCCUCGAGGUACUUCGUUGGUUAACCCAAGUCGUCAAUUAGCUCCCUCGAUUAUGAACUUGACCGGAGAUCAGCGUUUCUCGACGAACGUUGAGAAUUCAGUUUUGGAAUCGUCCAUUAUGAGUAUUUCCGAUAAACCAGACAGAAAAGGAUACGUACACGAGAGAUGUGGCCAUAGUCCCAAAACUUCGGAUAAUCGAUCUUCAUCCAGAUUAACGUUGGACAUCUCGCGAGCGAGGAACCCGAUGUUUAACAGAAACAAUGGAUCGCCGCCGUUUAGCGAUUCCAGUGCCAGCACCGGAAGCUCGGGCUUUGAGAUUGGAUUCUUUCCUCAUAAUAUUCAGACCUGCAGAUCAGACUCGCCUAUUUCCGAAGCCAGCAGUAACAACAGCGCUGAAAGUAUUUCGAAUCACAUGGUGAGUAAUUCUCCAUGCCGGUGUAAUAACGUUGGUUGCGAUGUUACUAAAGUUAAGCUUAAUUUGCUUAAUUUACAGAAUAAUUCCGAAGCUAGUAGUCAUAGUACAGAUAGCGGUGUGAUGAACCUGCAUUUUGCAUCACCUACGGCUGAUCAACAAGACGGCAGCUGCGCUUGGCCUUUGACGGAACAAGGAAUUGCGAAUGUUCAGAAUUUGCACGUAAUCAGAUGUAUGUCUGGUAUGACGAACGCUCAAUUGAUGCAGACUUACGAGUUCAUAAGUAGGAUUUUACAGACUAACGAUGCGCUUGAAAUGGAAGCCAGAUGUCAUCGUACCGCCGCCGUUUCAGGCCAUGCUGAAGCUCAAUUUACGUGGUGUGGUACAUUGCCGAAUCGUUCGUAUAUGGGACCUUAUUCAAGUAAAGUAUUUCUCGGUGGCUUACCUUGGGAUAUAACGGAGGAAAUGCUGAUUUGUUCGUUUCGUCAAUUCGGUAACGUUAAGGUAGAAUGGCCCGGAAAAGAGCAGGCUAUCGCUCAGCCUAAAGGAUACGCUUAUAUUAUUUUUGAGAACGAGAUGCAAGUGAAAUUGCUGUUAGAAUCCUGUCGCGAAGGAAUAGACGAAAACGAAGGUAGUUUUUACUACAAGAUACCGUCACGUAGAUCGCGACCUAAGGAAGUUCAAGUUAUUCCGUGGUCCAUUAACGACAGCAAUUACUCUGUGAAGAUUUUCCAGAAGCUGGAACCUCAAAAGACCGUAUUUGUAGGAGCUUUACACGGUAUGAUGAACGCAGAAGGUUUAUUUCGCGUAAUGGACGAUUUAUUCGGCGGUGUGCUUUAUGCUGGAAUUGAUACUGAUAAGAACAAAUAUCCCAUUGGAUCAGCUCGUGUAACGUUUAACAACGAUCAAUCGUACGCUAAAGCCGUUGGUGCUGCGUUUGUAGAUAUUAAGACGUCUAAAUUCACGAAGAAGGUGCAAAUUGACCCUUAUUUGGAAGAUUCGCCUUGCAGUUUAUGCUCGAUCCAAGUCGGACCGUAUUUUUGUCGCGAGAAUGGAUGUUUCCGUUAUUUCUGCACCAAGUGUUGGAAAUUACACCACCAUUCUUCUACUCGAACUCAUAAACCGCUUAUGAGAAACUCGUCGAAACAUGCUGCGUUGACUAAUUCAAUUGCAGUUUCUUCUCAUUGAGAUUAAGACGUGAUUUCGAAAAGAACUCUUUUUCUAUGUAUAACUUGUACAUACCAUCAUCGUUUAUUAAAGAUGUGUUUUUUGAUUUAAAUUUUAAGAUUUUUCAUUUUUUUAUUUAGUUUAGUUUUUAUUUUUUCUUCGGGGAAGAGUUUGUUUUUAUUUAAGUUAUUUAUGUAGUACCAGUUACUCUAAAAGAAGUACACGAGAUUACUUUUAUUAGAUUUUUAGGCGUUUUUAAAAUAGCAAUUAUACUUACGGGCGGUUAAACGGAUAAUGGUUUUUUAUGAGUUUUUAAAACUAAUUAGAAUAGGAUGUUAAUUUUUAAGUUAGUACUCCGUUUGUGCUCAGUUUUUAGUAAUAUACUUACUCCCAUUCUUUACGUUUACUUGCAGCCUGUCUUAUCUUUUAUAGCUUUAUUUUCUGUUACUUAUACACUGGUACGCAUCGUUGUUAACUUAUUUUGCUCUUUAUUAAAUUAUUUGAUUGCAUUUUUCGGGUCUUCGUCUAAUAUUUCGUGUAUGAGGUGUUUGAAAAAAGUUUUGGGUCUUUGAUUUAUUCGGAAAUUAAUGUUUGGCGUUUUCGUUUUUUUCUUCGAUUAAUUUCUGGCGUUUUUUUCUUUUUUCCCCCUAAGGCUUCACUAAAAUAGUUGCUUUUUUCAGUCUUUAUUUUAUCGUAAAAUUUCCGUUUCCUCUCAAAUCUCGUAAAACUUUCCCAUUAAUCGUUACGAUUUCCAUACUCCUGAAAAUCGUUGAUUUCACUUUUGCUUUCGUUCCAGAAAAUCUCCAAAUAAAUUUGCCCUUUCACUUUAAUUUUGGAUCAGUUUGGUUUAAUUGAAUCAUGAAACUUUCCAUCCUCUUAGAAAUACCUAAAAUUUUCCGUUUAAGUUUUAAUUGCUAUUUUGGAACGUAUUUUGUAAAUUUGUAAAUUUCCAUGUUUUUUUUUUAAUUGCUUUUUUGAUGUUCAUGAAUAAUAUUUCAAAAUUCUUUUUUGUAUUUUUCAAAUUUAUCCUAUUAAAAUUUUCAUAUAUAAUGUAACAGACUGAAAAAUUUCAAAAUUAUCUCGUCGAGGAUUUUUUCAUUUUUAAAUGUUUGAAUGUUCGGGUUUGGUUCAUGUAUUUCUAAUUAUUUACACCUAUUUGAUCCGAAAUUUGAACAUUUUGUCGUAAUUAGUUUACCUAUAUUUAAGAGUGAAAGUUUUUUGUAAAUACAAAUAUUCGUUGUUAAAAUGUUACGAAUUCGUUGUUAAAAUGUUACGAAAUUGAAAUGUUUAAGACGGGACUGAAUAAAUGUUGAAUAGUUA